AUGGCGUCGAAGAGAUUCCCAUCAUCACAUUUACCUGGUAAUGACAGCACUGUUUUCACUACCAGUAUCACAAAUAAUAUGAUAAAAGCGUCGAAUGAUUCGAGUAUCUUACCAGUAUCAUCAGCAAGAGCCAUGACAGGCUUGCUGCUAGAAUGGAAACAAUGUUUAAUUUUAAUUGGUUUUUUUGUAGCUGAUAAUGGACGAAAUGUGACCAAUGUGGAAACGGUGGAUCAUAUGCAGCCAUAUCUCACAAAGAUGGAACUGCAACUCAGAACUGUGAAGGCUGAGACAACAGUAAUUCAAACAAAAUCCAUCAUUCGAAAAUCGAUCAAGCUUCGACCAACUAUGUCAGUUCAAAAAUUCUCCACAACAGAUAUUCAGAAAAUCCUGCGCUGGAACUCUACAAUAGACAGCUUACCACUAUUAGCAGAUGGCACCCAUCCUACAUGGAUCAUCAGACGACAUUUAAUUAAACACAGUAAUACAACUAAUUGUACUGAACCAAAACUUAAAAUGUCGAAGCCAAUAAAGAUUGAAAAUUGGACAACGGCAAACGCUAAACGUGUGGAAGAGAAUCGGAAAUUAUUGCAACAACAAGUUCUUUAUAAAUCACCCAAAGCAUCCGCCGCCUUCAAGGAAACAGUUGAAGAAUAUGAACGAAUCAUUGGAAUGCAUCAGCAACAAUUCCAAAAUGCAACUUUCUAUGAUGAAAAUACAUUUAAGCAUGGAACUUCAUCAAAUGAACAUAGACACAGAACAGUUAAUGGAGAAAAUAAUGAAGGAAUUGUUUUAACACAUGGAAAUAAAAGCCAAUAUGACAGCUAUAUCCAGGAACAAGUGACUACUAGUGAACAAACAGAACUGGACAGUCAUGGAAGCUAUACAAUCAGAAAAGAUCUAGAAGAUAUGCCUCGGGAAACUUCCUGUCAAGCAACAAUUCUUAAUGUCUUUGAGGGUAGGCCAACCUUGGUUUCUCCACCCAGUAAUACUGAAACAAUUUUUUCCAAAACCGGAUAUUCUCUUGCCAGUAACAAAGGCAACAUUGAAAAACAGGAAAUAUGUGACAUCAGAGUUAAUGCAAACAAGAUGGUCAUCCACCCAUCAACGAUCCCUUUUCUGCACGAUAUGCUUUCAAACGACGGACAAAUUAACCGAAGAGAGGCCAAAAGCAAAGAGGAUUCCCAAAGAGAGUCUAUGGCUAUCGAAAUUGAAAAGAACAAUUUGAUUAAUAGUGUCACAUCGAAACUCGCAUUUCAUCCGAAACAAAGCCUUUCGAAAAAAAGACCUGUAGAAAUUACUGCGAAUGUUGCACUCAACAUGAAACAAGCGCCAAUCCGAACUCUACUAUCACGAAAGGAGGAUGAAUAUGAUCUAAUUGAUGAAGAAUGUGAACCAGACUGGGUGACUAGUUCAUUCAGGCUUGGUUCAAUACGUAGAAGAAAAAAUGAAAGGAAUGUCGCAAUGCAACGCAUCCAGAAAGAAAUUGAACUGGAGAAGCAGCGACAUCGUGAAAUGGUAAAAAUGAGACGAAAUGAUCACAUAACCCUGUAUUAA